AUGGCAGCAGAAAAUAGACUGAGCUGGGACUCCUUGUCUUACAAAUUACUUCCUUGGCUUCGGGAGGCUUUGAUCUCGAGAGGAUACCAAAGUAUGACUCCUGUUCAGGCCUCAGUAAUCCCUUUGUUUUCGGGAAACAAAGAUGUUGUGGUACAAGCUGUGACGGGCUCCGGUAAAACAUUGGCAUUUGUUAUCCCAGUACUGGAGAUUCUAUGUCGUUACCUACGUGAAGAAUCAGCAUUCAAGAGAGGUCAUUUUGGAUCCUUAAUCAUAUGUCCAACUAAAGAGCUGGCAUUUCAGAUCGAAGCGGUCAUUAAUAAUCUUGUUGAAUUUUCCCCUGACGAAAACUGUAAACUAAAAGCUCAAUCUGUGCUUGGGGGUGUGGGAUCUGUAUCUACGGAUGUACAAAAUUUCUUGAAAACCCGGGCACAAAUUAUCAUCGCGACUCCAGGGAGGGUAUUGGAAUUUUUACAACAGUCUAUGGUGAAAUCAUCUAGUUGUCAAGUAUUGGUUUUGGAUGAGGCUGAUCGAUUAAUUGAUCACGAUUUCAAUGCAGAAAUGUCUUCAAUUGCCAAAAUUCUGCCUCGACAGAAAAGAGUUGGAUUGUUUUCUGCAACAAUGUCUGCAGCUAUUGAUGAUGUGUUUAAGCUUGGAAUGUCCAACCCUGUUCGUAUCACUGUGAAAUCUGAUCACUUAAGCCAAAAGCUUGUGCCCUCGAAGCUGAAAUUAUUCUAUAGUAUCGUACCAGCCGAUGAGAAAAUAGGGUUUCUUUUCCAUGUGCUGGAAUCUUACCAAUUCAAGAGGGCUAUCGUUUAUUUUCCCACAUGUGUCUGUGUUUCUUACUUUUACAUGCUGCUGAAUCAUCUCUUGUCCUGUUUGAGCAGUUACAAAGGUAUAAAAUUACACUCCUUACAUGGAAAGCUGCAGUUGGAAACUAGGAUAAAAACGCUGUCUCAUUUUUCGGGGCUUUCAGAUUGUAAGAACGUUCUGCUCAGUACAGAUGUCGCGGCUCGAGGCUUAGAUAUACCUGAUGUCGAUUUAGUUAUACAACUGGAUCCUCCCACAGACCCUGACGUGUUUGUUCACAGAUGUGGUCGGGCGGGACGCGCCGGGAAACCUGGUACCGCUAUGGUAUUCUUGACUCCAGGUCUUGAAGAAAAUUAUGUCGAUUUCAUGAGUUUGAGGAACAUAGAAUUACAAGAUCUAGGCCAAAACAAUUACAGCCCUCAAACUUAUGAAUUUAUCCAUACGGAAUCACGUGCCUGGUUACUCGCAGAUAGAGCUAGACAUGACAAAGCGACGAAAGCGUUUGUAACUUACAUUCGACAUUACUCGAAACAUUCUGCUUCGUCUAUAUUCAGACUUUCUGCUUUGGACUAUUGGAAGCUCGCGAAAGGGUUUUCUCUCCUCAGAUUUCCCAAGAUGCCAGAGAAUAGGUUUAUCCAUGAUUUUCCUGACGGGGGAUUCAUUGAUAAAUGUGUGGAUUCUGAGCGGUAUUUGAACCUGAAAACUUUGAAGGAAAACGAAAAAUUACACCAGGUUUGUCCGUCUUCGAAAGUAUUAGAUAGAAAAGCACAAAAGGAACAAAAUUCACCUUGGAGCAAGAAAUCAAAGUCCAAUUUUAAGGAAAGGCAGUCGUCAUCAAGCAAGGAACCAAAGAAAAAGGAACGGCUACUACUACCAGAAGAUGAAAUUCAGGAAACGCACGAUGACUGGAAGGAUCUCGUGAGAUCCAAUAAGAGACGAAAGGCCAGCGAAAUUACCGGGUUUUUUAAUGACUUAUGA